UCUUCGACCUACACCACAGCUCAAGGCCAGAUGGCUGACCCACUGAGCAAGGCCAGGGAUCGAACCCAUGUCCUCUUGGAUACUAGUUGGGUUUGUUAACUACCAAGCCACGAUGAGAACUCCCUGUCAUUCUUGAAAUGAUAAAUAAACAAUCAUUAUCUCAUACUAGAUAUGUUUUUUCAAAGCAGUUUUUUUCAAAUAUAUUGAAUAGGGCUUAUGUGGAGGUAUAGGUGAAUAAUAUUGACCUUAAUUUGAAUAGAUUAGGAGGCUAAUUAUAUCCCCCCCCGUUAUUUGGCCAUAUGUUUUACAGCUUUCUAGUGAAGCUUGUAUGUCAUACAAGGGACUGUAAGGAACUUUGUAUACUCAAACUUUAUAAAACUGGCUAUUAGUGUUUUUCUGUCUUCUUAUAGACUUCUCAAGCUAUUAUAUAUGCUUUGUAUUAAAACUAUACUAAACACUUAUUUGUUCAGCUCCUUUUCUAUGCCCAACACUGUAGUGAGGGCACUUGAGAUAUAGUGAGAAACAAAACAGUUGCUCCCCUCAUGAAGCUUGUGAUCCAGUCAGGAAGACAAAACUGAACAAAAAUAGAUUAUAAACUAUAAGUGUGGGAAUCUGGUCUAAUCCAGGAAUUCAAGUUUGGUUUCUCUGACGAAGAAGUAGUGUUUGAACUGAAGCCUGAAGAUUGUAUCUGAAUGAGCUAAAAGAAAUGUGAUGACAUAUUAAGCAGUGGGUACAAAUAUCCUGUGGCAGUAGGAAACAUAGCAAAUAUGUGUGUGUGGGGGGGAGGGUGGAUUAUGGGAGAAAGAAUCAGUUUAAGUAAUCCUAAACAAUGUAGAAGUUAAACUGGAUAGAUACUUGGAGACCAGAUUUUAUAGGAUCUGUUAGGAUUUUAUCCUAAGGGCAGUGUGAAACACUGAAGCAUUGUAAACGGAAGUGAUGUCAUCUGGUUUGCAUUUUGGAAAGAAUAUUCUCUGUUUUGCACAUAAGUGAUUAAAGAGAGGUCACAGACAACUCAGGAAGACCAGAUUGGAAGCACUGUAGUGGUCCCAUACAACUUGAUGUGGACUCUAGCUUACUUAGGGCAGUGACAGUGGAGAUGACGAAAGGUUAACAGAUGGGAGGAAUAGAAAUAGGCAAAUUCUGAAUCCAUACACCUUUUCGUUCUUUGAAGAAAUAUGCUUUAAAAACUUUUUACUUUAUGCUACAUUUGCUUUUUAUGAUACUGGUUGUGCCUUUCUCCUUGACAGUGACUGCCUACUGUUUAUCCCAUUUACCAUUGAUGGCUAGUGAUCCUCUCUUCCUUUGCUGUUUAGAUCUUAUUGAGUAAUUGCUGGAGUUGCUUAGAGUCUAAUAAUGAAAUAUUGGUAUAUAUAAAAGAGCGUAUGAAACAUAUUCAGGUAUAAAUGAAAAGUUCCACAUCUGUGAUGCAUCAUGUCCAAAAGUUAUACAGAUUUGGCUGUUAGAAGUAAUUCUGAAGUAAUGCCAAAUAAUAAUUCCUCUUAGAUACUUCACAACUAGCAUUCAUCAGUUGAAAAAGAGAGGGGAGCAGUUGAUAAUGACUGUAAUAAGAAUAGCAAUAAUAAAACACCUAAUGAUCCCCGAAAUGAAGAGAAUUAUGUCUAGUAUAAAAACAGAGUGCUUUAUGUCAUGAGCUAUGUAAAUAUGUGAUAUUAAUGCUCUUGUUAUGAGAGCUUCACAUUAUAAAUUAGUUUCUACUACAAUUGAAUAAGAAAAAGAGGGAAGAAAGGAAGGAAGGUCAGGGGCUAGGAGAAAGAGUCCACUGCAGAAAAGAAGGAAAUUAUCUUGGUAGAAGAAAAGAAGCUUAGUGAGUCAAAGGUCUGCUUCUUGAACUCUCCUCUCAUAUUAUCAUGUAUCUUUGGCAGAAUGUACAACUGGGGAUCAUUUACAGUUUUCUUAGACUCAAAUUCAUAGUAUUUGCUGGAAAUUAAUGUCACACUAAAGUGAUCUAGUAUUUGAAUUUUGCUAAAUGAGAUUUUUUUGCCAUUUCUUUGAUUUAUAAACUAUUACAAUUCAAAAACUGAAAAAUAAUACACAGUCUAUACUUUUGAAAUGACUUGUUUAGAUUUUGGUGUCAAGGUAGCUUUAAUAAUUAAUAGAAUUUUAUUUUCCAAUGGUUUUGUAGUAAAGUUCAUUUUUUUACUUUUCUUUAUGUGGAAUUCAUGACCUGUCUACCUUCAUGAAUAUUUAUUAGUGUAAUUUUUAUUUUGAAUAUUUGUUAUUAUUGUGAGAGUGUUAGUUAAAUCCAGUCUUGUUUGAUUUUCAUACUUUCAUAUAUCCCUAACAGUGAGAAUAUGUCUCUGUAAAAUAGGACUUUCUAGCUUUUUUGUAUUAAAUGUAAACAUUUAUUUCAAAUCUCAAUUUGGUACUAUUCUGAGAUUGUUAUUCUAACUUGUUUUAUAAAUUUUUCUGGUAUUGAGAAAUGUACUUCCAUUCUAUAUUUCACUGAGCCCCCUGAAGAUUUUAACAAAGAUAUGGUGUUCCUGAAAGACAGUUCAACUUGAGGAAAGAAUAUCAUUUUUGAUUAUUUAGAAAUCAUUUUUUGAAAUCCAAAAUAAUAAAUCUUAGACAUUUCCCAACUACCUGCUUAAGUGGGAAGGAGAGGAGCAUCAAAAUGUCCUUAAGAACGACAGUAUUGACCUGUCUCAUUUCUGUUUUCACAGUUUCAUAAUAGUAGGCAAGUUAUAUUUAUCUUCUCUAGGUACCUAAUUUCUUCCUUUGAAAUGUGAUAGUGAUGGGUAUCUACUUCAUAGAUAUGUAAGUUUUUAACUGAGAAAAAUAUUUAAGCAUAUAGCAUAAUGCUUAGUACACAGGAUGUUCUUAAAUGUUGAUUAUCUUCAUUUUCAUCUUAAAUUUCCUAAUUCAAUUCUGAAGUAAUUGCAAAUUUAUUCUAAGUCACCUUUAAGAAGUUUGCUGACCCCAUAAGAAAUAUACCUAAAAUAGUGAAUGUUUGUCUAUAGUAAGUCAAAAUAAAUGGAAAUGUUUUAACUUCCAUCAUAUAAAUAAGAUUAAUUUGCUUUCUUUUGGGUAUAAGUAACUCAAAUACUAUAUGACAAAGUUCUUUGACUCUUUGACUCUCUAUUAAGAUAAAAAAGUAGACUAAACAAUCAUUCUAUUUAUUUCUAAUAUCUACUCCUUUGAAGCCAUAUUUAACCUUAAAUAUUACCCCAAGUAGAUCUUAUCAUAGGGUGUUAGUUCCAAUGCUUUGUUUGUACAGUUAAAUACAUCAAAUUCAGCAAUUUAGUGUGGGUGUGGCAGAGCUUUGAGAGAUGAUAAAAUAACUUCUGUUAAUCAAAAUAUAAUAUAUUUUAGAGAGUAAAAAUAAUAGCUCUAUCACUUGAGUUCAUGGAGACUUAGCUGAGUUUUAAUAAUUAAUAAGUUUUUUCUGCCAAUGAGCAUUAGAUUACUGCUGACUUUUUAGUGUCAUAGUACCUUGUGGUAGUUUCUCUACAGGGUUUAAAGGUAUAUCCCAGGGUUUUUUUCUUUUUUCUGUCCUGCUCAUAGGAAAUAAUCUUUACACUUGCUACAAGGAGAAUACCUCUAAAAAUUCACACAUGCCAUUAAUAUGUUGUAAGGAUCGGUCAUUUCCAUUGUCUUCUUUUGUCAAUCUUGAUCGGAGCUUGCCGAGUAAGUCUAUAAGCCUGCAUGUGCCUGGCAACUGUUACCUAGUGACAGUUUCAGCUGCAGUAGCCAUUGGCUGUGCUGUGCUGUUGAUUGGGGCAGGAGGACCGAGUCACCUUUCUGAUGGUGAGUUCUUCUGCAUCAGCUCAGGAUGAGGAGGAGGAGCAGGGCUUCGGCUCAGGUGGAGGCAGUGAUUCUGAGAGAUUGUGAAGAAUAUACCGACAGCAUCUUGGUAACUGCAUCACAGUAAAUCGGACCUCUGAAUCAAGCAGCCCAGCCUAGCAGCUAAGAGUGAAUGUAGGUGAGAAGCAUUGUUUUAUUCCUGUAACAAGAGAACUAUUUUGUGAUAAGUGAAACUAGGAAUGUACAAGGAGGAAUAUCCUGUGGCUAUUAUAAAAGAAGACAGACUUCCCUGAGUGACUUGGUGGUGCACACAAGAAAAUAACUUUCAAAAGAAUGCUUUCUCUUAAGCUGCUGCAUUGUUCCUGAAGGAAAUGUUUUUACUUCUAAUGCAUAUUAAUUCUUGAAAAGGUAUGACAACAAAGCCUGACAAGAGACUCUGUGAAAUGCCUAUACUUUAAAAGAGACUUUUGACAAAUGUUAACCUGAUAUCAGAAUGACCUUGGAAGCCUUUUGGAUGGAUUCUAUCCUGCCUGCCUUUCAGUAUUGCAAACUCUAGGAUUUAAACUCAUCUUGAUGCUUUAGAAGUAUUUUAAAACAAGAACAUCUUAUAAUCUACCUGAUGGCCCCUGUGUUAAUUGAGCACUUGCUCAAAAUAGAAUACAGAAAUAGAAGAGGCACUUUCUUAACAUAUGGCUGCUAUAUAACUGCAAAUAUAACAAACAAGUUGAUGCCUAAGAAACUACCUUUCUGAGAAGAACAAACGGCCCACAAAAGCUUUUCUGCCCUUGGCAAUUGCUUUUUUUUCUUUCACAGAUUGAAUUUUUCUUAUACAUGAUAUUAUUAAGAAGUCUAUUUUCUCUAGAAGUGCCUUAUGUCUGCAAAAAGUUGUUUGAAAGCCCCGGAGGAAGCUAAUCAGUGACCUUUUCUUCACCUCCUUUCUAUCUUAUUCCCCUCCCAUUCCCCCCCCCCCAAAGCUGAGGUGUGUUAUUGCUGCACUGAGGCUGAUGAAGAGACUUGAGUACUCCCUGGGAUGCUCAGCUGUGACAGAAGCACUGCCACUGUCUACCGAAGCUGGUUCUGAGACUCUCAUGGGCAGAGUUUAGCAGAUGCUGGGCAGGGCACCUGCUUGCUGUAGCCAAGGCUGCAGGUUCCUUUAAUUCCAAGCCAUGAAUGAAUCCAGGGGAAUUGAAUGGAGGAUCCUGAACAUGAGCAGUGGCACUUUGAAUGUGUCUGAACGUCAUUCCUGUCCACUUGGAUUUGGCCACUACAGUGCGGUGGAUGUCUGCAUCUUUGAGACAGUUGUUAUUGUCUUGCUGACAUUUUUAAUCAUUGCUGGGAAUUUAACGGUCAUUUUUGUCUUUCACUGUGCUCCACUCUUACACCAUUAUACGACCAGCUAUUUCAUUCAGACGAUGGCAUAUGCUGAUCUUUUCGUUGGAGUUAGCUGCUUGGUUCCUACUCUCUCACUUCUGCACUACUCCACAGGUAUCCAUGAGUCACUGACUUGCCAGGUUUUUGGAUAUAUCAUCUCCGUUCUAAAAAGUGUUUCUAUGGCAUGUCUUGCUUGCAUAAGUGUGGAUCGCUAUCUUGCAAUAACCAAGCCUCUUUCCUACAAUCAACUGGUCACCCCUUGUCGCCUGAGAAUUUGCAUUAUUUUAAUCUGGAUCUACUCUUGCCUAAUUUUCUUGCCUUCGUUUUUUGGCUGGGGGAAACCUGGUUACCACGGUGACAUUUUUGAAUGGUGUGCCUCUUCUUGGCUCACCAGUGCCUAUUUUACUGGCUUUAUAGUUUGUUUACUUUAUGCUCCUGCUGCCUUUGUUGUCUGCUUCACUUACUUCCAUAUUUUCAAAAUUUGCCGGCAGCACACCAAAGAAAUAAAUGACCGGAGGGCCCGAUUCCCUAGCCACGAGGUGACUGCCUCUGGAGAGACUGGGCAUAGCCCUGACCGUCGUUAUGCCAUGGUCUUGUUUCGGAUAACCAGUGUGUUUUACAUGCUGUGGCUCCCCUAUAUCAUCUACUUUCUUCUCGAAAGCUCCCGGGUCUUGGACAAUCCAACACUAUCCUUCCUAACAACCUGGCUUGCUAUAAGCAAUAGUUUUUGUAACUGUGUGAUAUACAGCCUCUCCAACAGUGUUUUCCGGCUAGGCCUCCGAAGACUGUCUGAGACAAUGUGCACAUCUUGUAUGUGUGUGAAGGAUCAGGAAGCACGAGACCCCAAGCCGAGGAAACGGGCUAAUUCCUGCUCCAUUUGAAGAGAACUACAAAGUAAAUCAAAUGUAAUCUGACAGUGGUUUUGGAUUGUAUUCUUGAUCCACCUGGAAAUUUGCCACCAGAGAAAUAUUUACUUGAAUGGUUGACUAUGAGAGGAAGGGACUAACAGUUUCUUUUUUUUCUUUUUCUCCUUUUUCAUGGGAAAAAAAUGAAAGAAAAAGAUGUACAGAGGGUAAUCUCAUGAGGUAAUUGUAGCGUGUGAGUAUAAAUGUGCAGUAAUAGGAACAAUUAAGCACUGAGGAUGAAGAAGUGUCUCAAAUCUUCCACAGGGCAUGAGCAAAGCCCCUGGCAUCUGUCUCUCUAUCUGACUGGACUCUCCUGUCUCUGUCUCUCAUUCUGUCUGUCUCUGUCUCUCUCACUCUUUUUGUGUUUAUGGAAAUUACUUACAUAAAUUGCCCUUUAUAGAAAAAUGCUACAUAUUAUAUAUGUGAUAAUGCAUAAUCUUUUGCAUCAAAGUGUACUUUUAAACUCACUAAUCUACUCUGUAAAUUGUCUCUCUAUGGAGGAUGCCUAGUAAGCAUUGUGUUUUAUUACUUGCCACAAAACCCUUUUGCUUGUGUUUUUAUAUUAUCUGCAGCACAAAAUUUUUGCUAUGAACAAAAAAGAUAAAGUGAUUUUGUUUUUCUAGGUAAAAUUAUGCUCCCUCUUCCUUCCUAACAGCCUGCUAUUUUUUCCUCCAUUUUUUUUGAUCUGCAUCCUUUGGUACCUUAAUCCAGAAGUGUCUUAGCUAAUGAAAGAAUCUACUAUAUAAAACAGUCAUAAUGUCGAAUAAUUUAUUCCUUCCAACAAAACAUUCUAUCGACUGUUUGAGAUAUUGAGUUAAGUAUUUUUAAUGGCUUUAGGAAACAUUUUAGUUUGAUUUCUUUUGAAUUAGUUCAUGUGUCCAAAGUGGUGUCUUUUUUUCUGUUGUUGCUAUAGUUAAGCUUUGUAUUCAUUUAAGAAAAUUCAUAAAUAAUUCUAAUGCAGAUGCAGGGUACUCACUCAGAAGUGAGGAAUCUCUCUUAAAGCUAGUUGGUAUAUCUGUGUGUCCUUUUGUUUUUGUUUUUUGUUUUUUAAGAGUAAAACAUUAACUUUUUUGUGUUAGGUCUACAAAGCUUCCUGUUGUGUCUACUAAUUUACUAAUUAUUUGUGUGGUAAUGCAUUUGCACAUAAUAUAUUUUUUACAACAAAGAAAAUGUAAAUUACAUUAUGUGAUAUGUGCCUAAUGUUUUCUUAGCACAAUAUAUAGAUCAAUGUUGCUUAAGUCAACAACAUUGGAAAAAAAAUACAAAAAUGUCUUUGAAGAGAAAAAUGCUUUUGUGUAGUUGUUAUUUAGAUAUUUAUAUAAGAGCGAGCUGCAUUCUUAGUGCUGCUGAGAACACAGUUACUUAAUUAUCAAAUACAGGUAACAAUUGUCAGUAUUUUCUUUUGUAAAGAUUUGUUUUCAUAUUCAGAGGUUAAAUUAACUUAUUUUUUAGUGUGCUACAUGGAAUUAUGUAAUAAAUUGUCAGGGGUUUAGAUGUAGCAAAAUGGCAUUUGGGAAAUUAGUAGUGAAGCAGAUGUAAGUGCUAAAACAUCAUAAGUCUUACUUUUUUACCAUAAGUUUCCUGCCUGACAGAUAUUUUAAAAAUUUAUAUCAAACUACUGAAUAUUUUUCUUCUCAACAUUUUUGAUUUGUUUUAUGAAAUGGAUUUGGAGAAAUGUGCCUAUGACUCUUCAAAUUGGAAGCAAACCAUGUUUGCACACUGGUUGUUUGACUUUAGAGGUCCUUUAGUAAAAGAAAUGUCAUCUUUUCAUUGGGGUUGUUCUGAACCCAUGUAUAUUUUUAAACAUGUAAGAAAGGUUUAAAAUAAAAAAUAAAACAGUAUUCUAAAUAUCAAAA